GCGCAGGACACGCCCACUUUAUAGAUAACAUGAAACCAUUGUUUUGAUCUUUAUAUAGGAUUACAUUCUUUUUAAUAUCCCUUCUUUAUACAUAUUAAUGUUCAAAUAAGAUGAUGGUACAAUAGUGCGAUGUUCUUUCGUUUUCUUGUCACUUGGAAGAGGUUUCUUGGGGAGUUAGAUAGCGUCUGGAGUACCUAUAAUUCUACAGGUGAUGGUGUUUAGUGCAGACGAAACCAGGACGGUGGGAGGGUGAUAGGACGACCACUCAUCCCUCACACACCUGUGACAUGAUCAUGAUUGACCGCGUUGAAACUGCUUCGGAUCGUAUCCGAAAUAACCACUCACAGAAUGGCGUCAUUCAGCCUCUGCUCACGGAUAUGUACCAGAUAAACAUGGCCUAUGCCUACUGGAAGUCUGGCAAGCAUGAUGACACUGCUGUGUUUGAUCUCUUCUUCCGCAAGAAUCCCUUCCAUGGCGAGUUUACAAUAUUUGCAGGACUUGAGGAAUGUCUCAAGUUUCUAGAAAGCUUCAGGUACUCAGAAUCAGAUUUGAACUUGACUGGUUUGAGCACUUAUCAAUUGUGGCAAGUAAUGAUAUAAAUGAAGAGACCAUAAUCAGUUUGAAUGAGCAAGGACACAAGAUUGAUUGCUUCGGUAUUGGUACACAUCUGGUCACCUGCCAGCGACAACCUGCCUUGGGUUGUGUCUUCAAGUUGGUGGAGAUUAAUGGUGAAGCCAAGAUCAAGUUAUCUCAGGAUGUUGAGAAAGUUACAUGUCCGGGCAAGAAGGCCGUCUACCGUCUUUAUGGUGCUGAUGGUCAUGCUCUUAUAGACUUGAUGCAUCGAACUUCAGAAUCGGCUCCAAAAUGUGGCAGCAGAGUCCUCUGUAGACAUCCCUUCCAAGAAAGCAAACGAGCAUAUGUCAGCCCUGCUAAAGUGGAAGCUUUAUUUAAACUGUAUUGGAAAGAUGGUAAAAUCCAACAAGAUUUGCCAAAUCUAGAAGAAAUCCGGGACAGAGUGACAGAGUCGCUGCAGACGCUGAGGCAGGACCACAAGCGCAACCUCAACCCUACACCUUAUAAAGUUGGAGUUACAGACGAAUUGUACAACUUCUUACACGAUCUCUGGCUCCAGAAUGCGCCCAUUGGUGAGCUCUUUUAGUAUCGUUCCAUGUGGUGAUUGCAGUACUGAGGAGACGGUGCGCUGCCGCUGCACCACCACAUGUAAUUAGGUACUCAUACUAAACAUCACCUAUGUUGACCAGGUAAAACAGUGAUCAUCCAUAUAUCUCCAGGUAACUUUUAAAGUUUUUUCUUUCUUCUGUUUGCUUUUAAAAACAUGGAAAUGAAUGCCUUAGGUGUGUCACAAUUGUAACUUGACCAGGUUACUGAUUCAAGUUUAUGGUAAAUGCAAGAACAUAUAAGGCAGAAUCGUACGUUUGUAUAAUUUUUUUCUAAUCUUUUGUAUUCUGUUUGUAUUUAAUUAAAGUAUGCAGCAAAUAAAAUAUGUGCCUGGAGAUGUGGUGUUAGAGGGUGAUGUUUAAUGAAGAGUAACACCCGCAUUGUUUUUUAUGAAGAACAGCAAGUACGGGAGAGUACAGUAUUUGAAUUACAUUUCCAAAAAAAAAAACAUUAUUUUUUUAAAUGAAGUUAGAAUUUUAUGAAUGCCAUGAGGAAGAACAACCAUGAAGAAUAAACAGUUAUAUUGCAUUUUCAUUUAUAAUCUUUGAAAAAUGUUUUGUUACAAAUUAAUUUUGUUUGCUCAGGCUUCAUGUACUGUGUUGUUUGAUCAGGCUUCAUGUACUGUGUUGUUUGGUCAGGCUUCAUGUACUGUGUUGUUUGAUCAGACUUCAUGUACUGUGUUGUUUGAUCAGACUUCAUAUACUGUGUUGUUUGAUCAGACUUCAUGUACUGUGUUGUUUGGCCAGGCUUCAUGUACUGUGUUGUUUGGUCAGGCUUCAUGUACUGUGUUGUUUGGUCAGGCUUCAUGUACUGUGUUGUUUGAUCAGACUUCAUGUACUGUGUUGUGUGGUCAGGCUUCAUGUACUGUGUUGUUUGGCCAGGCUUCAUGUACUGUGUUGUUUGGUCAGGCUUCAUGUACUGUGUUGUUUGGUCAGGCUUCAUGUACUGUGUUGUUUGGUCAGGCUUCAUGUACUGUGUUGUUUGGUCAGGCUUCAUGUACUGUGUUGUUUGGUCAGGCUUCAUGUACUGUGUUGUUUGGUCAGGCUUCAUGUACUGUGUUUGGUCAGGCUUCAUGUACUGUGUUGUUUGGUCAGGCUUCAUGUACUGUGUUGUUUGGUCAGACUUCAUGUACUGUGUUGUUUGGCCAGACUUCAUGUACUGUGUUGUUUGGUCAGACUUCAUGUACUGCAUUAAGACUACCUAUGUGGGAUAGGAGUGAGGUUAAUGGGUAUAAGUCGCUUGUUGUACACUAUUGUAAGUACUCACAAUCUUAGAGUGGCUGUAACAAGGAAAAGUUUUGACAUUAUCACAAAGAUGUACAAAUUAGUUGGUACAUUUUCUUCCAUGAAUUAUAAGGUUGCAUAAUGAUAUUUUCUAAAUUAUAAAAUGUAAAUAGUUUUAAGGAUCUAACUAUUGUAUAGUACUUAAAAUUUACUAGUCCGGUAUUAAUAUAAAUUGUUCUAAAAUGAUUAGUAGAUAGUCACAGACCCAAUGAAAUAUGAUUACUCAUAACUUCCUUCAGAAAACUCAAGACUAUAUACAACCCUUUACCAUCCUAAAUUUGUACAUUGGUAUUCAUUAGUCAGUAAUAUAGCUGUGGCAUAUUCAUUAGUAGGUUACAUUGCUGAGACAUAUUAGUUAGUUACAUUGAGACGUAAACUAGCAUUAUGUUGCAUAAAACACAAGAUAUUUCUGGAAAUUUCACUGCUUACUAUUGAAGAAGUAUCCAGGUUGUAAUUUGCACUUUUGUUUUGAAAGAUUUGUACACCAUCUGUAAUUUGUGUAGAUUCACAUUUCUUGUAAUUGAAAGGUUUAAAAUUUUAGUAAAUGGCUGUGAAGUACAGUAAUUAAAACAAGUUGCAAACCAAAAUCCAUUUUAGUUUUAUGAUAUAUAAAAUUCAUUCAUUAUCUCUUGUAUAUUGAAAAUAUCAAAUUUGAAAAAACACAACCAUGUACCAUAUUUCUAUUACAUAUUUAUGCAUAUGUUUUUAAAAUCAUGUAUAUGUGAUCAUAUCAGUGCACCACGCAGAAACAGGCGGGUAUAUACAGAGAAAGAUCACAGUCAGCAGGAUUCAAACCCACUACAGCUUCAUUUGGGAAUCUUAUCAGUCUUUCUGUAGUGGGUUUGAAUCCUGCUGACUGUGAUCUCUCUCUGUUUGUGAUCAUAUGUGUAUUUAUUUUAUUUACCAAUUUGUGAUUGUCCUCAGUUUAGCAGGUACUGUCAGUAUCUUGCUGGAAGGUGAGCAGUGUUCAAUAAGGCUGUUUCUCAAUUGUUUCUCUUCCUCCUGAGUAAUAUAAAACUAUUUUAGACACUUAUUGUUUGUUUCUUAGGAGCAUUGCCUAACUACCUUUUAUUUAUAAUAUUGUGCAGUAAUUUUAUACUGUUUUGUCAGUGUAAAUACAAUGUGGCUGGAAGCUUGGGUAAGCUUCUUGGUGUUCAAUGCAUUGCCUGCUACAUUUUAACGAAUAGUGAAUAAUAUAUUAAGAUUAUUAUUAUUAUUAUUUUUUUUUUUAUUAUUAACACACUGGCCAAUUCCCACCAAGGCAGGGUGGCCCGAAAAAGAAAAACUUUCACCAUCAUUCACUCCAUCACUGUCUUGCCAGAAGGGUGUUUUACACUACAGUUUUUAAACUGCAACAUUAACACCCCUCCUUCAGAGUGCAGGCACUGUACUUCCCAUCUCCAGGACUCAAGUCCGGCCUGCCGGUUUCCCUGAAUCCCUUCACAAAUGUUACUUUGCUCACACUCCAACAGCACGUCAAGUAUUAAAAACCAUUUGUUUCCAUUCACUCCUAUCAAACACGCUCACGCAUGCCCGCUGAAAGUCCAAGCCCCUCGCACACAAAACCUCCUUUACCCCCUCCCUCCAACCUUUCCUAGGCCGACCCCUACCCCGCCUUCCUUCCGCUACAGACUGAUACACUCUUGAAGUCAUUCUGUUUCGCUCCAUUCUCUCUGCAUGUCCGAACCACCUCAACAACCCUUCCUCAGCCCUCUGGACAACAGUUUUGGCAAUCCCGCACCUCCUCCUAACCUCCACACUACGAAUUCUCUGCAUUAUAUUCACACCACACAUUGCCCUCAGACAUGACAUCUGCACAGCCUCCAGCCUUCUCCUCGCUGCAACAUUCAUCACCCAUGCUUCACACCCAUACAGGACCAUUGGUAAAACUAUACUCUCAUACAUUCCCCUCUUUGCAUCCAAGGACAAAGUUCUUUGUCUCCACAGACUCCUAAGUGCACCGCUCACCCUUUUUCCCUCAUCAAUUCUAUGAUUCACCUCAUCUUUCAUAGAUCCAUCCGCUGACACGUCCACUCCCAAAUACAGUGGACCCCCGCUUAACGAUCACCUCCAAAUGCGACCAAUUAUGUAAGUGUAUUUAUGUAAGUGCGUUUGUACGUGUAUGUUUGGGGGUCUGAAAUGGACUAAUCUACUUCACAAUAUUCCUUAUGGGAAAAAAUUCGGUCAGUA